AUGUCUUGCCCGCUGCACAGACGAGUGGGGAGGAUGGACCUGACCAACAUAUCUGAAAAGGGUCCAAAACUUGACGACCUUCGUGUUGAGCACGAUGUUCUUGUUGAGGACGACAAAGGUAACUUGGUGGAGGAAAAGCUCGAUUUCAUCCCUCCCUCUGUCCUGGGAGACACUGCAUAUGACCAUGAACCAGUCUGGUCGGAGCUUCCCCAGAUGCCCUUCAUGGAGUUCUAUCGUGGACUCCUUGAAAGGAACUGGGUGAACGAGCUGUACAACCCCCAAGCAGAGCCAUGGAAGUUGGAGUUCUUCAAGGAUAGUGGCCGUAUCUUCCGCACCUCGUUCAGUGGGUACAGGGUCAUCGUUGAGAAGGCUGACAAGUCACAGUUCUGGGUGGACAUGCCCACACCGGGGAGGGAGACCUUUGUUCGCGACGUUUCUGUGACCAGGGCUGUAGGGACAACACUACCAGCACCUGCCCGGCAGGCCCCUCUUCCUAGCGAAUACGGCUACAAUCAGGUGUUUGAGCAGAUCUUCCUUGCUUACGAACAGAAAAUGCCCCCCAAUGGUGUUCGAGAGUAUCUCAAGCAGGGAUGGGUGCAGAAAGCACAAUAUGAGUAUGACUGCCCUGGUGACAAGCUGCUGGAUGUAUCCUUCCACAUGUCAGCUCAGGAACCCAGCUUCCGCGGUUUUUGGGACAUCCUCCCCUCUGUGUUGUUUGUGAGUUUUGCGUUCUCAUUUCUGGGUAUCUGCCUGGCUGUUGGGAUCUUCAGACCCCGCAAACAGAUGCCCACAGACCCCAUGCAGGCAAUGGAGUUUGCCCAGUCCAAGGGCCGGGCACGUAUGGAUGGCAGGACAGAUGUAAAAUUCUCUGAUGUGGCGGGCCUGGACACCAUUAUUACCGAUCUCCAGGACAUUGUCAAGUUCCUUCAGGACCCAGCAAAGUACCAGGAUUUGGGAGCUAAGCCGCCAAAGGGAGUGCUGCUUGAAGGACCGCCAGGCACAGGGAAAACCCUUGUUGCAAAGGCCAUCGCAGGAGAGGCAGGGGUGCCAUUCUAUCAAAUGAGUGGGAGCGAGUUUGUGGAAGCGAUCGUGGGUGUGGGGGCUGCAAGAGUUCGGGAUUUGUUCAAGAGGGCCAGAGCACAAGAUGAAGCUUGUAUAAUUUUUGUUGACGAGAUUGAUGCCCUGGGCAUCAAGCGAGCAGAGGCAGGAAUUCAGACAAACGAGGAGAGGGAGCAGACACUGAACCAGCUCUUGACAGAGAUGGAUGGGUUCACUCCUGAGCAAGGUGUUGUGUUUGUUGGUGCCACGAAUCGGGCUGAUCUAUUGGACCCAGCGUUGUGCCGACCGGGGAGGUUUGACAGGAAACUGCGCGUUUUGAAGCCUGAUACAGAGGCCCGUUUCCAGAUUCUCAAGGUUCAUGCCAGGAAGCGCAAGAUGGCUGAUGACGUUGACCUGGAACAACUUGCCCGAGACCUGCCUGGCCUGUCUGGUGCCGAGCUGGAGAACGUCCUGAACGAGUCUGCCUUGGAGGCCGUUCGAAGGGGUUCAAACAUCAUAACUCCCAGAGAUGUAUACAAUGCUGUGGAGAGGGUCCUGCAGGGUGUACGUCGUCCUGCCCAGCCCGACCAGCUGGAAAUCGGCAAGGCGAUGGCUGUCCACGAAGUCGGCCGAGCCAUUGUGGCCAUCGUCAUCAGGAAUGCCACAGGAAGGUUAGAGGCAGUUGAGAGGGUGUCUAUGAUUGCCAGAGGAAAGGACUGGACAAGGACCAUCUUUUACCGUGGAAAAGAUGAGGAUUAUACGAUGACGACCAAGGUUCGCCUUCUAGAACGUGUGCGAGUCAUACUUGCUGGUCGUGCUGCAGAAGAGCUUGUGCUGGGUUGUGCAACAUCUUAUGCUGUGAAGGAUUUGGAGAUGGCAUAUAGGCUGGUAGAGAAGAUUGUGUGCAAUUACGCCAUGUCACCAUUGGGCAUUACAUCCUAUGCACCUGUGACGAGGGGCGCAGGCUUCAUGAAGCGGAGCUUUGAAGUGAAUGUGGACAACAUCGAUGAGGACUUGUUCGGCAGGGGUCUUAAGGGUGGCAUGUUUCAGCCGUCGGACAUAGGCCAGCACAAGAUGUUGAUGGAAAUUCACAAAAUGCUUCGUGAAGCCUAUGCAGAUUGCCUGGAUGUGCUGUCCCGCCAUAGCGACGCCCUCGAAGCAGCCACACUCGCCCUGAUGGAGAACAUGGAGUUGACUGGGAAGGAGCUUGAACAAAUCGUUGAGGAACACCCACCGAGACAACCCCCACCGACUGUUGAGGACCAUGCGCCUGUGGCUGUUCUCAAGCCGCAACACCCACAACGAGGGGAAGCAGCCAAGUCAGAAAAGGUCAGCAGGUCGCGCAGAGGGGUGAAGCCGCCUCCCCCUCCAGCUCCAAAGGUGGCGAAGCCCAAAUCGAAAAAGCCUUAUGCCAAUGUGCUGAGCUCAGCCCUAAGACAGGGGCAGAAACUCGAGGAAACUGCAGGAUGA